GCAGGGAGGGGUUAAACUCCGGGGGAAAGUUUGGCUUCCCACUCCUCUGCCAGCAACUGGGCACCAACUUUGUCAAGUCUUGUGGCUCGACACGACAUUGUUUGUUUUUAAUGUUGCCCAAAGUGAGAGGAGAAUGAUGCGGGGAGAAGUUUAUGUCCAAAAUAAGAGGUUUCAACAGAGCAGUCUGCGCGUCCCGAGGAGUGUUUGGAUACUUCGUUGACUGUAAGAAAGUUUAGUGGCCGAACAGUGAGCCCAGUUAACGCGCAGGAUCUAAUCAGGUUAAUAAUGUCAAGCGGUAAUCAGACAGUAGUGCACAUUUCUGAACAGGUUGCCGUUUUAAUUUCAUGCACUCUGUCGUUUCUGGGUUCCUCGCUGAUCAUCUGCACCUACAUCAUCUGGCCGGACUUGAGGACAACUCCACGGAAACUCCUCGUCUACCUCUCGCUGGCCGACUGGCUCUCUGCGCUCUCUUACGCAUAUGGAGUUUGGAGGGUUUUUGACUCGGACUCGGUGGAUUGCGUCGCUCAAGGAGCAAUAUCCACUUUCGCCAACACAAGCUCUUUUUUCUGGACCGUGGCCAUCGCCAUUUACCUGUAUGUUUUCAUCGUGAGGUCCAACCAAAGACUUGCUGACAGCUUGGUGUUGUUUUUCCACCUUGUCAGCUGGUGCGUUCCCUUAGCCAUUACUGUAGCAGCUCUGUGCCUGAAUAAGAUUGGCUAUGACGCCUCGGAGGUGUCGGUGGGCUGGUGCUGGGUCAGGAUCCAGGCGCCUGACCGUGUGCUGUGGAUGCUGCUUACCGGCAAGAUCUGGGAGUUCCUGGCUUACCUCACCCUGCCUGUCCUGUACAUCCUGAUCAAGAGGCACAUCCACAGAGCGCAUGCAGCCCUGUCUGAGUACCGGCCCAUCUUGGCCAGCAGCCCGCUGUCCCACUCUUUCACUUCCAUGGCUGAUAGGAAGCUAACCCUCAUUCCCAUCAUCUUCAUCGUCCUGCGAAUUUGGAGCACAGUGCGCUUCCUGCUGCUGCUAGUCGACUCCCCAGCGAGGCAGAACCCAGUGCUGGUCGCUCUACAUGGUAUUGGUAACACAUCACAGGGAGCAGCCAACUGCAUCAUGUUUGUGCUGUUCACUCAGCCGCUCCGCGCUCGGCUCUCCGCUGCACUCUGCUGCUGUUGCCACAAGGGCCAUGCAGAGGCGCAGCAUCCAUAUGACCCAUCUCACAGGCCCCUGUUAGGAGGGGACACCCCCGCCCAGAGAGAAGACAACACUAGCUGAGCCCGGGCCGACAGAUGAUCCUUGAUACAGGUGAUGAAAAAAUAGACACAUGAAAAGGUCAACAUCCCCUUCACACCAGCUGCAUUACAGCAAGUGCCUGCAAAGAGGGGUGGAGAUGCUGCAGGUGCACAUCUGCCUGACAGGACAACCCACGUACGUUUACUUUGUGUGAUGAGAUUUACUGAGCACUCACUGCUUGACCAUUCACCAGAAUUUGGUGAAAGUGUUGCACACUGAAUGUGUGGUACAUGCAUAUUUUGUGUUUGUUUUUUUCAUAGAUGUAAGAGAAACAGCUUUAAAGUGCUUUGGCACUUUUAAUUUUUUUUUUUUUAUGUUUGUGUUGUUGAAAAAAAACUAGAUUCAUCAUGUACUGUAUGUAUACAAUUACAUUCUGAAGUGAUUAUUGUGAAGUGGGUAUUUAAUAUUUUUUUCUCCUGGUCAGUUGUCUGUUGAUGAUAUAUGUUAUAUUUAUAUUAUUGUUUGAAAGAAAAUGAAAACUAUAAUGUUCUUAGCUUGGGUAAUGAUAUAAAUUUGAGUUUUUUUACAUAUCAUAGAAAGUUGGAGGAAAUGACUAUAAUAUGCAGGAUUUGACAUCAAGAUAAUGUUCCUUUCUGUAUUUUGUUACUUGUUGGAGGUUGGAUUUGGCUGGAUGCAAAUGUGUGUUCAAGAAACUUUUCUACAAGAGCACACAGAUCUCUUUACAUAUGGUAAAUGAAAUGAAGGUUCGGGUACCUCUGUGCAUGGUUUGCAGCUCUACAGAUUACUGUAACAGUGUUCAGUUUACUUGAAUAAAUACUUUGACUGAAAACAUGGGAUUUAGUCAUCCCAUGAGUC